UGAGCUCCAACCCCACAUAGGUGAAACUCUUUAACUGAUGUCCUCCAGAGGUCAAACUAAUACAUGUGGAAAAUUUGCGGAAAAUAAGGGUGUGACUGGCUGAGUGGUUGGGUGGGAUUUAUUAUCUCCAUGGCUUAUCAAGACAGCUUGGAUUCUGGCUUCUGAAACAUGCUUCAGAGGAGCAACUGAGGUGCCUGGAUACAGCAGUACAAAGAUGAGAGAUGCCGCAGGUGCAAUGCUAGAGAGCAAGCCCAUGGCGCCAAAAAGGGAAACUCUUCUCCCUGUGAGCAGCGCCUCCAAAGAGAAUGGGGUUCCUGUAGAGCAAGAUGAUCAGGACUUAUUUGCAGAUGCCACGGUAGAGUUGUCUCUAGACAGCUCGCAAAACAAACAGAAGAAGGAAGUGGCCAAAGCAUCCAAUCCUGCCCCCUCAUUAGAAGUAGCUGCAAGUUCUUCUUCUAGAAACCCUCCAAAGAGCUAUGAGGAGCUAGAAGAGGAGGAACAGGAGGACAAAUUUGAGCUGACGGUAGGAGUGAGUGACCCGGAGAAAGUUGGGGAUGGCAUGAAUGCGUAUGUAGCCUACAAAGUGUCGACGCAGACAAGCAUGCCAAUGUUCAGGAGCAAGCAGUUCUCAGUGAAAAGGAGGUUCAGUGACUUUCUGGGUCUCUAUGAGAAGCUGUCGGAGAAGCAUGCCCAAAAUGGGUUCAUCGUUCCUCCACCGCCUGAGAAGAGUCUCAUAGGAAUGACCAAAGUGAAAGUUGGGAAGGAAGACUCCUCCUCUGCAGAGUUCCUAGAAAAAAGACGGGCUGCUCUAGAGAGGUACCUACGGAGGGUGGUCAGCCAUCCAACAAUGCUGCAGGACCCAGAUGUCAGGGAGUUCUUGGAAAAGGAGGAGCUCCCGAGAGCAGUAGGCACCCAGACCCUGAGUGGAGCCGGAAUACUGAAGAUGUUCAACAAAGCUACAGAUGCUGUCAGUAAAAUGACCAUCAAGAUGAAUGAAUCGGACAUAUGGUUCGAGGAGAAGCUGCAGGAGGUGGAGUGUGAGGACCAGCGGCUACGGAAGUUGCAUGCUGUCGUCGAAACGCUGGUGAAUCACAGGAAAGAGCUAGCGUUGAAUACAGCCCAGUUUGCAAAGAGUCUGGCCAUGCUGGGGAGCUCGGAGGACAACACUGCCCUGUCCCGGGCGCUGUCCCAGCUGGCUGAGGUGGAAGAGAAGAUUGAACAGCUACACCAGGAACAGGCUAACAACGACUUCUUCCUCCUGGCCGAGCUCCUGGGAGACUACAUCCGCCUUCUCUCGGUUGUGAGGGGAGCCUUUGACCAGCGCAUGAAGACCUGGCAGCGGUGGCAGGAUGCCCAGACCAUGCUGCAGAAGAAGAGGGAGAUGGAGGCCAGGCUGCUCUGGGCCAACAAACCCGACAAGCUGCAGCAGGCCAAAGAGGAGAUCUCUGAGUGGGAGUCUCGUGUGACACAAUACGAAAGGGAUUUCGAACGGAUUUCUGCAGUCAUCCGCAAGGAAGUGAUACGGUUUGAGAAAGAGAAAUCCAAGGACUUCAGAAAUCACGUCACUAAAUACCUUGAGACGUUACUGAACUCUCAGCAGCAGCUGGUGAAGUACUGGGAAGCGUUCCUACCUGAAGCCAAGGCCAUUUCUUAAUCGGACCGAGCAAAUGAGUGUACCUGAACUUUGCCUUUUUGGGGUUUUUUUUGUUUUUUGUACACUAUACCUCUUCCUCUUCUACACCUGAGCAGUUCAACACUCUGGAGCUGGUAGAGGUUUAACCCCCCCCAGACAAGCAGCUUGCAAGCCAGUAACUCUUCUAACUGUAUAUUUUUCAUUUAGCCACAUAUAUUUUCUUACUGAAGAGAAACUAGUUUCCUGCUUUAAGACCGGACCUGCAGCCGGGGGUUAAUGAUAUCUGUGAAAUGUAUAUUUUUCAGGCUGGGUUUUAGGGCUCUACUAUCUUAUUCCUGCAGUGCCAUUAAAAUUCUGUAAUAAAACUUCUAUCAGGGCAAACAGGCUCUGGCUGUUGGUGGGCUGGGGCAGCAGAUACCGUGGGAGACAGUGGAGCCUCCUGCCUUGUUGUGACGGGGAUGGGGGUGACCUUGGACACUGCCCCAGCCACCUGGCCUGGCUCCUGAUUAAGCUCUGGCUCUCUGCCCCGCUGCCAGCACCAGCUGGGGGUGGCUGUUUUUAGGAUCUGAGCUCAGCUGGGGCUGGCCUGGGGGUUGAGGGCGGGGAACUGGCCCCCAGUAAGCCAGCGUGGAGCCUUUGAGGGCUGCGAUGCUCCUUUCCCCCACGGCCUGGGGCAGUUCUUGCUCCUUCAGACCCUCCCAGGACCCCAGCUGAGGAUUUCAUCAAAACCGCUCCCCCCUUCUUCUGCCUUAAAAAAAGGAAAAGGCAGCGGGUGCUGACUUCCCCCUUUCCUUUCCCCUCGUCCCAGGCGAGCGGGAGCCCUGCGGUGGCUCCGGAACCCUGUGGUGCCUGUGGGUCCCUUCCUUGGGGUGCUCUGGGCUGCUUUUGGGGUCCCCUCUGUCAGCCCCCCAGG